UGACACUCCUCGCUUCUCGCCACUCAGUCACGUCCUUUGUCUAAGUUUCUUACUUUCUUCUUCUCUCUGACUUGAAAUUUCUUUCAGAGGGAAUUUUUGAAAUCCUUCUUGAUUUCUUUGCCCGUUGGUGGAUCCUGAUCCAAAUAACCAGAAAGGAAUUUAUCAAGCUAAGAUGACAACGUUCACGCCCAAGAAUAUCCUGAUUACUGGGGCUGCUGGAUUCAUUGCUUCACAUGUUGCGAAUAGACUCGUCCGGAACUACCCUGACUACAAGAUUGUUGUCCUUGACAAACUUGAUUAUUGCUCCAACCUUAAAAACCUUCUUCCCUCCAACGCUUCUCCCAACUUCAAGUUUGUUAAGGGUGACAUUGGCAGCGCUGACCUUGUGAACUAUCUCCUCAUUACUGAGAACAUCGAUACGAUAAUGCACUUUGCCGCCCAGACCCAUGUUGAUAAUUCAUUUGGCAACAGUUUUGAGUUCACCAAGAACAACAUUUAUGGCACUCAUGUUCUUUUGGAGGCUUGCAAAGUUACUGGCCAGAUCAGAAGGUUUAUCCAUGUCAGUACAGAUGAGGUCUAUGGGGAGACUGAUGAGGAUGCUGUCGUUGGAAAUCACGAGGCCUCCCAGCUCUUGCCCACAAACCCAUACUCGGCCACAAAAGCAGGGGCUGAAAUGCUUGUUAUGGCUUAUGGAAGAUCUUAUGGAUUGCCUGUGAUUACAACCCGAGGGAACAAUGUUUAUGGUCCGAAUCAGUUUCCUGAGAAGUUGAUUCCCAAAUUUAUCCUUUUGGCCAUGAGAGGAAAAACUCUUCCAAUUCAUGGUGAUGGUUCUAACGUGCGAAGUUACCUUUAUUGUGAGGAUGUUGCAGAGGCAUUUGAAGUAGUUCUUCACAAGGGAGAAGUUGGUCAUGUUUAUAACAUUGGAACGAAGAAGGAGAGAAGGGUCAUCGAUGUCGCCAAAGACAUAUGCAAGCUAUUUAACAUGGAUCCUGACAAGAGCAUUGAGUUUGUGGAGAACAGGCCAUUUAAUGAUCAGAGAUACUUCCUUGAUGACCAGAAGCUGAAAAAUUUGGGUUGGUCAGAAAGGACCACAUGGGAAGAGGGGCUGAAGAAGACCAUGGAGUGGUAUACCAGCAAUCCGAAUUGGUGGGGUGAUGUGUCCGGUGCACUAAUUCCUCAUCCUAGAAUGCUGAUGAUGCCUGGUGGAGUAGAAAGACAUUCAGAUGACAAAACUGCUAAGUCUGAAUUCAAUGGAAAUUCUAACCCCACAAAAAUGUUGGUUCCUGCUUCCAAGAACAGCCCUUCACCUCAGAAACCAGCCUUCAAGUUCUUGAUCUAUGGUAGGACUGGGUGGAUUGGUGGUUUGCUUGGAAAAUUGUGUGAGAAACAGGGGAUUCCAUAUGAAUAUGGAAAGGGACGUCUGCAGGACCGUUCAUCGCUUGUGGCGGAUAUACUUGCUGUUAAGCCAACACAUGUGUUCAAUGCUGCUGGUGUAACCGGUAGACCAAAUGUUGAUUGGUGUGAAUCUCACAAGACAGAAACAAUCCGUACUAAUGUUGCUGGUACAUUGACCUUGGCGGACGUAUGCAGAGAGCAGGGGCUCCUGGUGAUUAACUAUGCCACUGGCUGUAUAUUUGAAUAUGAUGCUGCACACCCUGAAGGUUCUGGAAUUGGAUUUAAGGAGGAAGACACCCCCAAUUUCACUGGUUCUUUCUAUUCAAAGACCAAGGCCAUGGUUGAAGAGCUUCUGAAAGAAUAUGACAAUGUCUGCACACUCAGAGUUCGGAUGCCGAUAUCUUCCGACCUGAACAACCCACGCAAUUUCAUUACGAAGAUUUCUCGGUAUAAUAAGGUGGUCAACAUUCCCAACAGCAUGACAAUUUUGGAUGAGCUUCUGCCGAUCUCAAUUGAGAUGGCAAAACGAAACCUGAGGGGCAUAUGGAACUUCACAAACCCUGGUGUUGUCAGCCACAACGAAAUCCUGGAAAUGUACAGGGAAUACAUCGACCCACAAUUCAAAUGGACCAACUUCACUCUUGAAGAGCAAGCGAAGGUCAUUGUUGCUCCUAGAAGUAACAACGAAAUGGAUGCCUCCAAGUUGAAGAAAGAGUUCCCAGAGUUGCUAUCCAUCAAGGAGUCAUUAAUCAAGUUCGUUUUUGGACCAAACCGGAAAACCCCUGUUGCAUAAGUGUUGAAGAAUGUCAACAUGUGGGCUGAUUUGGUAUUUUCUGAGUUGAUAUGCCGUUGGUUACAUUUAUAUGUUAGUUUACUAGCCUCAGCUAAUAUUUUGCUACUCUCUUUACUUUUUAGAAUCUACAAUGGUGGAAUUGGUUCCGGUAGAAUGUGUUAAUUUACAAGCAGUUUUUGGUGUAAGUUGCUCAUUCUUGUCUUCUGCAAGUGUGCUGGCUGUAACAUUUUUUAAACUAUUGAUACUCCUUUACAUAA